CGCAUCCUUAAUUGUCCAGUUCUUGUUUCUAGUAUUUGUUUCUUUCUUGUUCAUCAUGUCACUCGCUGGUAAAAUUACCACUGAAAUUGGGGUUCACGCAACCGCUGCAAAGUGGUUCAACCUCUUUGCAGCUCAGCUCCACCAUGUUCAAAACCUUACUGAUAGAGUGCAUGGAACCAAGCUGCAUCGGGGUGAAGACUGGCAUCACAAUGAAAGCAUCAAACACUGGACUUAUAUCAUAGAUGGUAAGGUUACAACAUGUCAAGAGAGAAUUGAAUCCGUUGAUGAACAGACUAAAACAGUCGUAUACAAGCUCUUCGAUGGAGAUAUUGAUCAUCAAUUUAAGAGCUUUAAGCUCAUUUUUCAAGCUCUUGAUGCGAAUCAUGGCGGUGCUAUUAUCAAAUGGACCGUUGAAUAUGAGAGGAUCAGUGACAGUGUUGAUCCUCCGUAUGGGUACAUAGAAUAUCUCCACAAAUGCACUAAAGAUAUCGAUGCUCAUCUUCUCAAGGCAUAGCUCCAAAUCUAUGAAAAGCUAUAUCAAAUAAGAAAUAGUUGGUUUGGCUUAUAUGUAUAAUCGGUGUGAAGUUUGACAUGAAGAAUAAGGGUCGAAGGAUCGAUGUGUAUCUUGUUGAUCCUUCGUUUGUAUGGAAUAAAUUUAGAUACGAGUGUUGGUGAUGGCUUGAAGCGUGUCAAAUCAUAUGUUUAAUGCUCAUCGUUAAUGGAUAUUUUAAUAUUUAUGCUUUU